AUGUCCAAUCCACUUGAACCACGACGAACCACAUCCGAAUCACCACUCAAACCACCACCGACCCCAUCCAAGGCAGCACUCGAACCACAACUACCCCCAUCUGAGUCAAAAGAGCGCUUUCGAAUCUUGUUGCGCGUUCUUAUUGAAGACAAUAAUAUUGCUACCUUGCGACCUUAUAACCACUUCAAUAAGUCGAAGCGAUUGAGGUCCAUGGUUGCUAGGAAGGCGAUGAAGGAUGCGAUAGGUCGAGGUGAAAUGACAAGUGGAAAGGAACCCGAGAACGCAGACAACUCCGGAUCCGGCGAGGAAGACAAGCGAAAGCCUCCUAUGACGCGGGAGGAAUACGAAGCGACUAACCUGGAAACCAGACAAGCCGCUCGAGCCGCGGCUGAAAAGAAGAAAGAGGGACAAGGCCUGUCGUACGACGAAGCCAAAAAACUUAAGAAAGCCGUUUAUGAGGAGACGGACAAGCAAACUGCAGCCCUCCAGAAGGCGAAGGCAUUGGGUUAUACCAAGUAA